CCCUGGCUUCGGUGGCUCCGCCCCCUCAAAGCUCGCUACCGCUCAGCUGGGGUUACUGAGCUCCGCGGGGAGGGUGGGGCUGAGCCCCGGAGGGAGGGUGUUCCUGGGGUAUCCGCGGAACUUGAAAUGCACAAUCGGUCCGGGAGAAGCUGAGCAUCUCAGAGAUUCCCAUUCCCCAAGAUCCUUUAAUUCCACGAACGCUUAUUAAUCAUCCGGUCCAUGGGCACCCCAUGCCCCCUCCCUUCUAUACACCCUGAGAGGUAGGGGUCUCAAGUCCCGCCGACGCGCUGCUACCUGGGCGCUGGAGAUGAGAGGCUGUCCUAAGCUGGCGGCACCCUGCCAGAAAGGAAACUGACAUCUUCUGACCUGCUGGGGUUCGCGGAUUCCCGAGUUGCAACCAGAACAAGGGGGCAUAUCGCCCAGUGCUGGCCAGGGUGCGUGAGAGACCCACGCCCCGAGUGGGACACAUUGACACGGAGACCCAGCCGUGUCAGACUCUGUGGUGUCACGCACGCACUCCGUCCCACACACCUGCCGCUCCGCCCCCUUUAUCCCCGUGCCCGCGCAGGGAGCACAGCCGGAGAGAGAGCAGCCGGGACUAGGAGGUGGCUGCAGUAGAGGCCCCCCAUCCGCACCCCCAUCCCCUUCCCAUCCCCAGCCCUGAAAGUCCAGAGGACGCCUGCACCCCAACCCAGUUUCCCCUUUCCCUCCUUCCCUAUCCAUCGCCUUCCUGUACCCCCACCUCAAAUCCCCACCUCAAAUCCCCCCCCCCCAACUCCCAACCCGCCGCGGCACCAGCAGCCGCAGCCCGGAGCCGGAGCUGGAGCGGGUGAGGUGGCCUGGGGGGUGGGGAGAAGGGGGGAGAAGGAUGCUCUCGGGAAGGGCUCCCAGGGCAGGCUGAGAGGUACUAGGACACUGCCGGAGCCAAAGCCGAACAUACACACCGCAUCCCCAGGGGCCUUGCAGAGGCCACAAGGGCCGUAUGUCGGAAUUGCAACCGGGACCAGAGCCCCAACAUGGGCUAUACAUGCUGUUCCUUCUCGUGCUGGUCUUCUUUCUCAUGGGCCUCGUGGGGUUCAUGAUCUGCCAUGUACUCAAGAAGAAGGGUUAUCGCUGUCGGACGUCAAGAGGCUCAGAGCCAGAGGAUGCCCAGCUCCAGCCACCGGAUGAUGAGGAUGUGAAUGAGGACACAGUGGAAAGGAUUGUCCAAUGCAUCAUCCAAAAUGAAGCCAAUGCUGAAGCCUUGAAAGAGAUGCUUGGGGACAGUGAAGGUGAGGCAACAGUACAGCUGUCCAGCCUUGAUGGUGCUCCAAGCCUGCAGGAUGGGACUCCAUCUCACCACCAUACAGUUCAUCUGGGAUCAGCCGCCCCCUGUAUCCACUGCAGCCGAAAUAAGAGGCCACCUCUCGUCCGACAGGGCCGAUCCAAAGAGGGCAAGGGCCGUACUAGGCCAGGGGAGACCACAGUGUUCUCUGUGGGCAGGUUCCGGGUGACACAUAUUGAGAAGAGAUUUGGGCUUCAUGAACAUCGGGAUGGCUCACCCACAGAUAGAAGUUGGGGCUCCAGUGGUGAGCAGGACCCAGGGGGUGGCCAGAGUUCUGGGAAAGGGCAGAUUGGGACUGGAACUCCUGCCACAGAGAGACUUCCAGCAUCAGGACCAGAGGUUGGCAUCCUAUCUAGUUCCCCUGUACAGAAUGGGGGCCUCAGAGAAAGGAAUCUUGUUCCCUCUCUGAUUGAGAGGCUCUCUGGAGCCAUGGAAGACUUGGAGGCAGCAGCCAGAGAGAGGGACACAAGGCCAGUGUUGACCAGAAAGGAAACUAAUGGACAGCCAGCCAAACUGGAUGCCUCAGAUCUCCAGGUGUCACCGCCAGUUGGCUCAGGAGGAGUAUGAGCUUCAUCUUUAUUCCCUACUGCAAGGAUCAGUAGCUGGCUGGGCAGGGAAGAGGGGCAAGCAUGAAGCCCCCUCCUUACUCUGAGACAGCAUUGCCCUCCAGGAAAAUAGAACAACCCUUCUUCCCAGGGGGCCAUUAUUAUCCCAGUCCGGGAAUUCGGAGAGUGGUCCCCAGUCUCUCAAUCCCUUCCCUCCACUUCAUCUCCAGCCUAAGACAGGUCAAAGGUGAGGAGAAGUUGCCCCUACAUUCACCCCAGGCUCCCUCCUCCUCCAUCAACUUGCUCCUCUGCUUGAGCGUGGCAUUU